CUACUAUUUUAUUUAUUUUAACACAAAAACAGGUAGGUAUAGUAAACUAGUAAAAGUUCUCUGGUUAUAAUAAAAAAUAAGGAAAAUGUGAUUGAAACUACAACUACACUUUAUUAUCUCAACGAGUGCAAUAACGAAACGUUCGCUAUUAAAAUGUCAACGAUGUAGUUGGGGUGGUUGUUUUUUCUCUGAAGAUAAUAAGUAUUUCUGCAUAUACUUUCUAGUGUUAUUUCAUUCAGGUUAGGUCAAGCAAAAAUUGAGCUGCGAUAACAAGUUUAACCCUAUUCUGAUUAGCGUUUAAUUUUAGCCGGAAUAGUGGAGCAACGUUUUGUUUCACUCACUCUCAUGUAAAAAGUUUUAAAUUCGAUGCGCGCAUGCGCCGUGUCCGUAUACGUCACAAUUCGCAGCAUAGCCCAUGUGACAACUCAGUGGCCAAUGAGCAUCGGUGCGUAGAGGUGUGCUGUUCGGUUUCACGCACACUAAAAACGAAUUAUCAUCCGAUUUUUGACAUUCACUCGGAGAAGUAUUGCAACUUCGGAUUCUUUCCGUUGGAAUAUUCAUUUUUAAUAAUAUUGGUGAUUUUUUAAUGGACAGUUGUGCUAAUCUGGGUUCAAAUUAAAAGUAUUUGAACAUUAUUAUUUGCAACAUAACCUGUGUACGUUUCUUGGAAGCGCGUUUGCUGCGAUCGACACGAGACCUUGAUAACUAGUUCUUUGGACGACCGAGAGACAAUUAUUAUAGGAUCGUUCAUGCCUUUGGAGGUAUGUUAAGUUUUCAAUUUGUGAGUUGAUCGUGUGUGUUGUUGUUAUUUAAUACGUAUAACUAGUAUUAUCAUAACAGUGGUGUGGAGUGCGUCUUGAAAGUUCCUUACGCAGAUUCUGAAGCUAGGAAGUGCCAAUGUACCAGUUAUGACGAAGUUAAUAAUAUGUGCGUUUUGAUAUUGUCCCGUGCGGAUGGAUCGCAUUAAGUGUCCGUGAGACGCAUUCUUUAAAAAGUGCCAUGGACUUCGGCGGAGGUAAACCGAGUGAUACACCUGCAUGUGUCUACCCUUACUAGUACCGCCUGACAAAUUGACACUGGGCGCUUAUCUUGCACAUGGUCCAGAAAUAGAGCACAAUGUAGGAGAACAGAGCGCCCAUCUGAGUGAUGUCGUGGAGCUGAUACUGGCGGACGACCCGUCGUUGGGCAGGGACGGCAGUUCGCCCGGCUCCGGCCUGCCGCCGCCAGCGCCGAUCGCCGUCAUGCAGGCGCCUGCGCCGACGUCCGCGCCCGCACCCGCACCCUACGUCUACAUCGUCGAGCAGCCCGCACCCAAGUCCCUCAGGUUUCGCUAUGAGUGCGAGGGGCGGUCGGCGGGUUCGAUUCCCGGGGUGCACAGCACGCCCGAGAACAAGACCUUCCCCACUAUCAAGGUGUGCGGCUACAAGGGCUGCAUGGUCAUCGUGGUGUCGUGCGUCACCAAAGACGAGCCUUAUAAGCCGCACCCGCACAACCUGGUGGGUCGCGACUGCAAUCGAGGAGUGUGCACUGUGAAGGUGCACACUGAAGGCGACGCGGACGCCUUCCACGUGCAGUUCAAGAACCUCGGCAUCCAGUGCGUCAAGAAGCGCGACAUCACGGAGGCACUGCGCGUGCGACAGGAGAUGCGCGUCAACCCGUUCAAGACUGGAUACGGCCACAAAAGCCAGCCGCAGAGCAUAGACUUGAACGCCGUGCGGCUUUGCUUCCAGGUGUUCCUCACAGAUGAAUCCUAUAAGGUGCAACGCGCCUUACAGCCUGUGGUAUCGGAUGUUGUUUACGACAAGAAGGCGAUGUCGGAGCUGCUCAUUGUACGAUCGUCGCACUGCUCCGGGCCCGUGAGGGGGGGGACCACCGUCAUACUGCUCUGCGAGAAGGUGACCCGCGAGGAUACGGAGAUCUGGUUCUUCCACGAGGACUGGGUGGAGAAGGUGCCUCCAGAGUUUGUUCACAAACAGCUCGCUGUCGUGUUCAAGACCCCGCCUUACCGUGACCAGAGCAUCGCCCGCCCUAUUACGGUACAAUUCCAACUGCACCGCGUUUCCGACCACGCCAAGAGCAACGUGUACAGCUUCGAGUACAUCCCCGAGGGUCAAGGUACCAGGAAACCCCUCCCCGAUCUAGCCUCCCUCGCCGCCCUCCUACCCUCCAACCUACCCCCUACCUCUACCCCUGUAGCCCAACCCACCCCCGAUACCAACAACAACGAACAAGCCCUAGUCUCCUCCACCAGCGACACUUUGAGCCCCGAAGACUCCGCUUCCUUAACCAUAGACAUGAACGGAAACAAUGGCGACGCGGAAAUGCCCGACUCCAACGAGCGCAGUCUCAACGAGCUGCUCGACCAAGUCGCUGAACUAGACGAAAUAUACACUGAGAACAGAACGCGUUUGGAAAACAUGUCUUCAUUGAACGACGACGAUUUGGAGGACUUCAACGACGCCGGCACAUAUACUAGCCUCCAACUGGCAUUCAGAAAUCCUGUAGCCAUCUCGGAACCACCUCCGAAUCCGAACUAUGAGGAUACCGCCAUAAGUUACCGCGGUCCGAUUAUCGAGUUCGCGCCCCUGAAACGCGAUACGGACGACAAAGCCCCGCCCUUACCCCCGAAGCGAGUCCGCAAGGUCUCCACUACGGAACCGUUCAAAACGAGCCAAACUUCCGUGGACAGCAUCUUGAAACCCGGUAGAAUGUUGCCGGUGACCAGAAACCCUGAAGUUCUGGUUACGAAGCAGAACGAGCUGACGGUAGCCCGCAGCGAACCGGCUCUGCCUCCGGUCAAGAAGCGGUCUUUUUUCUCCCGCCUGUUCAGGAGAAAGGAGAAGUCUCCGGCGCCCAGCGUCAAAUCCGAAGGUCGGAAGGAGAAGAGAUCGAAACCGGUCGGUAGAUCUGUAAGCAGCGUGUCCGGCCAGAGGCCGUCCAGGUUCAAAUCCUCCGUUUCGCACACUUCUUUGAAGGAUAACGCUUCGAACGCUGGCCUGAGUUACGCUGACAGCAUCACACACAUAUCUUUGCACGCGGAUGAGGACGAAAAGUCCGCUUCCCAACCUUGCUUAGGUCCUUUAGGCACCGGAAUGCCGGAUGGGACCAUUUUAGUCGCUGAAAGCGUACUAGCUUUGGAUGCGAACGCUUUUAAGAAGCUACAGGAUGAUCUAGAAUUGACGGAGGCGGAACACUACGCCCUGUAUAUGGCGGUCGCACCGCACGCCACCGCGUCAGAAUUCGAUGAGACCAGUUGCUACUAUUCGCCUGUAGACGCUAGCAAGUUUCAUAAUUGAGAAAACGAAAUAGUGCCUAAUUACUACAACAUUGACGGCUUAGAUUUUUUUUUUACAAUGUUACAAUUAUAUUAAAAGAAAACAAAGCAAUUACAAUAAUAUAAAACCAAACUGUAACUCUAAAUAUGUGGGCAUAACAUGAUAAAAUUUUAUGGGCUGAAGUUUACACUAAAGAAAAAAAAAUAUAUAAAUCGAAUUUCAACAAUUAAACAACAAAAAAAACACUUAAAUAAAAGAAAAAAUAUUAACCGAUUUUCUCUUUUUAACGAAGAAUUCAUAGUUGGAUUUCUUUCCGAAAUUUAAGAAGCCGACUACAAAAAAUGUCCAAGGAAGAAUGAUCCCUAUGCAGGUUAUCGUAUUGACGACACAUAUUUGUGAUUGGAUUAUAGGACGUGUUUUUUUUUAUAAACUUGCAGAGCAAAUACCCUGUGAGGUAAGCGUUGAGGUAAGAUUGCUCUGAGAUUCUAAUAAAUUAGAGCCAAAGGAAUAUAAUUCUUAAAUACCUACGAUUUACAGUUCUAAAUGCUUUGAGUGUUUUAUAAUUAGCAAUGCUGUAUGAGCAUGUUAUGAAUUCGUGAAUAUUAUUAAUAUUUUAUGUCGAAGCUACGUUAUUUCUUUACUAAAGACUCUUAAUAUCAAACGCAGUAAGGUUUGAAAUUGUAGAUUUUUUUAAAGAGUAAUGAAUUAUCUAAAGGUAUGAAAUGUAAGUCAUAUAAACUGUUUUGUUUCAAUGUUAUAUUUUUUGUUAAUUUCUAUCUUUGCUCUAGAUAUUUUUAACUAACGCGAUGUAUGACAGUGGAAUCACUCGAAUCUACCAUGAUUGAUUAGAUAUUAUAUCGUAACUUUAACGAUUUUAGAAAGAUAAUGCAAAGAAGGCAGCUAUUUUCAUAUGCGAAAUCGUAGUAUAAAUAUUAUGUCGUAGCAACACUAUCGGUGUUAAUUAAUAUAAGCAAUAAAAUUAAGUAUUUUCUAAAUAUUUCAAAUUUAAAACCAUAUAACAUAAUGAUAACGUAACUAACUUAAAAAAUCUAUUCUUUUGGUAGCGGUCUAUCGAAAAAUUCCCUAUUUUUAUAAAACUAAAAUGGAACGUAAAUAUAGGUAGUUAGUGAGAGCAAAAACUAGAUGUUGUGAUAAAAAAUAUUAAUAAAUUAAAAAAAAAACUUCGAACGAAAUGAGCAAAACGAAAAUGGCUAUUGAAAUAGAAGAACGAGCUAUUGAAAUACAAGAAACCCUCCCAAAAUAUUCCUGCCCUGCCACUUCCUCCCGUCCUAGAAAUGCCAAAUUUUUCUAUCCUUUUAUAACUUUUUGUAUUAUUAUACCUAUAUCAGUUUUGUACUAAAUUAAAAAAAAA